GAUAGUGGUAUAUAUGUUAAAGUGCUGGGUAGAUGGGGGGGAAGGAGUGGCUAUGCUAUAUAAGGAAACAUACAAGACUCUGUUGAUCGUCGUUGGGCUAUGACGCUUGGGAGGCUAUGGAAUAGAAAGGAUGCAAGCAUGCUUGGUUUGAGUGCUUGGUUGUUGUUGAUCUUCUUCCAUAGAUUCGGAUGGUCGGGAUCCUUCGGCCGUAGUUGGAGGAUCCUUCUUUCGUCACAUGUCAUGGGAUGCUUGUUGUGUUGAUCUUGUUUCAGGCGUUCCUGCCAAAUCUAUGAG